UGUGCAAAAAGAUGACAAUGCGGAAGUUAGUGUUCACAACAAGGAAGGACAGGACAGUGUGCGCUGGCCGCUGCUAUGCCGAACAAUGAAGAACGCUACUGUCACAGAUGCUCCUAUAUUGUUCUCAAAUUUAUCCUCUUUUUCUACGCCAUCAUUUGGUGGCUGAUCGGCGCCCUCAUCCUAGCCAUUGGUAUAUAUGCAGAGGUGGAAAGGCAGCGCUACAAAACACUGGAUGGGGUGUUUCUGGCCCCUGCUCUCAUUCUCAUCCUCCUGGGAAUUGUCAUGUUUGUUGUUUCAUUCAUUGGCAUCUUGGCAUCACUCAGGGAUAAUCUACUUCUGCUUAAAGUGUUCAUGUACACACUGGUGGUGUGUCUCAUCCUGGAGUUGCUGGGAGGAAUCUUGGCGCUAGUGUUUCGUAACCAGACGGAGGAUCUACUGAACAAGAACAUACGAAGAGGCAUAGUUAACUACUAUGAUGACUUGGACUUUAAAAACAUCAUGGAUUUUGUUCAGAAAGAGUUUAAGUGUUGUGGUGGCCAAGGGUAUAAAGACUGGUCAGUCAACAUGUACCACAACUGUUCUGGACGAAGUCCACUGGCCUGUGGAGUGCCUUAUACCUGCUGCGUCACUAAGCAAAAUGAAGUCGUGAACACAUUGUGUGGCUACAAAGUGUUGGAACAAGAGCGCCUGGACCUGAUCGAUAACAUCCACAUCAGAGGCUGCACGGACGCCUUCUUCAUUUGGCUAACGGACAACUAUAAGAUUAUGGCAGGACUGUUGCUCGGGAUCCUGCUGCCUCAGUUCUUUGGAGUAGCCAUCAGCUGGUUGUACAUCACCCGAGUGGAAGACUCCCAAAGCGAAUACGGGCACUACACGGACGGACUUCUGGAAUCAAACGCGCAGCACAGACAGCUUAAAAAGCAGGGCCGAAUGGCCAAGUGGUUUAUGUGUAUGCCUGAGAUCGACUGAUGAGCAGCAAGAUGGCAGCGGAUACUGGCCUCAAUCCCCAUUUGAUCUCGGACUCAAAUCAAAUCAAGUCUACAGAACUGAUUUCUUCCGAACAGCAAGCACUGAACAAAUCAAAUACGUCUUGAAGUAGAAUAUUACUUCACUUCUCACCAACACCAAGCGGCACAUACGUCGAUGCAAAUUUAAUGCAAAUCAACUGAUGUGUGUCGCCGCAACCCGUAAAUCGCUCAUCUCAUCAGUAGAGUCUAGAGGUGAAAACACUCUGGGGAUCUCAGGAUCGUAAUGAAACUUUUUGGUAUGUUAUUUAUUGCGUCAACCUGCCAAAUGCGAACUCUUGCUCAUUAUUGUGUGUUCAUGUGGCUGAGUGUGCUACUCGUGACUGAAUAAUCUGCUUUUGACAGACUACUGCAAUUAAUGUGAAUGGACAUAUUUGCUCAAUUUCCACUUCAUCAGUUCACUUCUCGAUCAUACUCCAGCUUUAGAAAGAUUCUUUUUGCUUUCUAUUUUUAAACUUUUUAAUUUUAAAUUUGAGUUCGUGGUGGUUGUUCCUUCUUUUGCUAAUACACUCGCUACUGGAUUUUAAUGGUGUGUGUAUAUUAUGAAAUUGAAUAAUAAUGAUCUACGCAAGUUGAUCAUUGUUUUUGGUUGGGUGCAGAAAAGAAAUGAAGUAAGCUUUUUUGUGGUUUUGACUUUAAUGCUUUGUGUCAAUCAAUUUGGGAGCAAAGAACCUCUAUAUGAUUUCUGCAUUCUUAAGCUGUUUGGAUCAAAUUCUAUGCUGAAUAAAACAUCGGUUUGAAUGUUUCAAACUAAA